UAUAUCCUAGUGAAUAUUAAAUUACAGGUAAUUUCCAAGGACUAUUCAUGGACUAAUAUUCUAUAAAUAUUCCUAUUGUGUAACUACUCAACAAUUACAUUAUGUAUAUUUAUAUUCCUUUUAUGAUAAGCUUUAUUUUGACCUAUAAUUUAUUAUUGUACGAUUUACGCUUCUUAAGUUAUGUUCAGUUUAUUAACUAAUGCCUCCCACAUUCACAGCCACUUUUUGGCUUAUUUGUGUACAAAUAUUAUUUCCUAUUUUAUGGUACGUUGCGGUCUGUGUGGUUGAUAUAUAAACCAAGUAUGUCUGAAAUAAAUGAUCUGCUCUGAUUCGGACGCUGGUAUUGUGUUCUGUACUCAAGUGGAAGGGCUCGUAGGACAUAGGACCAAUAAGGACGCUAAACUGCCCACACCGGUUGAACGUCAUUGGUUGGCCUAGUGUGAAGAUUCGUAUAAGUCGUAUUCGGAUUGGUAGAUAAAUCGUGUGAUAGAAAAACCAGACACCCAAGGUCAUAACAAUUGGCGACGGGGAUUUUGGCAAAAAAAUACAAGUGGUGACUCAGAUUUUGGAAAUAAAUUAGCUGUUAUAAUUGCCGGUGAUUUUUGGAGCUAAUAUUAUUGGCAAAAAAAUGUCGAUUUCCUUAGAACAGUUGCAGUUAUUAUUACAACAACAGCAGCAACAAUAUCAACAACAGCAGCAGCAGAUGUUAGCUUCUCAACAGAAACUCUUGGAAACACUUUUGGGGAAACUAUCUAUCCAACAAGAGAUUCCAGAACAUAAAAGUAGUGAGUCAUACCUUAAUCCAGUUUCAGAAUUUAUAUUUGAUGCAGACAACGGUCAUACUUUUGAAGCAUGGUUUGGCAGAAUUGAAGAUAUUUUUCGAGUUGGAUUUGCUGCUAUAGAUGAUGCAAAGAAAGUUCGGCUGCUAUUACAGAAACUUGGUCCUAAUGAGCAUCAAAAGUAUAAAAACCAUAUUCUGCCUAAACAUCCGCGAGAAGUUAGUUUCGAUGAAACUGUUAACAUCCUAAAUAAAAUGUUUUGUGAACAGUCGUCUUUAUUCCGUAUCCGGUAUAACUGUCUACAGCUGACUAAAGGGCUGAUGAAGAUUAUACUACGUACGCCGGAAGAGUAAAUUUACAAGCAGAACGAUUUAAAUUAAAUGUAUUAACCAGUGAUCAAUUUAAAUGCUUAUUAUUUAUUUCUGGUCUGAACUCUCCUGUUGAUGCCGACUUUCGCAUGAAGUUGUUAUCCCGUAUGGAACAUGAUGAUGAAAUGACGUUACAAACUAUCACCACUGAAUGUCAACGAUUAAUAAAUUUAAAACAAGAUACAGCUAUGCUGGAAACCAAAAGUGCUGCUCCAUCGAAUUCUGUUCAUGCUGUUAAGAUAGGUCAAAGACGAAAUAGUACCAAAAGUCAUAAAUAUCACUCGAAAAGCCCUAAACCUGCAACUAAAUGUUGGUAUUGUGGUGCAUGGCAUUUCUCAAGAUUUUGCCGGUUUAGAAAUCAUAGAUGCACUAUAUGCAAUAAAGUUGGCCACAAAGAAUUAGUCUGCCGAACUAGAGAAAGUUUAAGAUCAAAACGAACCAGACGUCCGCACCAGUACGAAAAUAAGUAUAUAAACAGCGUAUAUUCUACACUGGCUCUAAGCGUAGCGGAUAAAAGAAGAUAUGUGGAAUUAAUUGUUAAUGGUGUUCAUAUUCGAUUGCAACUGGACACGGCGUCAGAUAUCACACUAAUCUCGAAACGAACGUGGUAUUUAAUUGGGUGUCCGAAAGUAUUACCAACAGAGCACACUGCACGGAAUGCGUCCGGAGAUAUAUUGAAACUUGUGGGAAUGAUAAAAUGCUCUGUUAAAUUCCGAGGUAAUUACUUUACAGGAAAUUGCUACUUAACGAACAGACAUGAGUUAGACCUUAUUGGUAUAGACUGGAUAGAUAAACUAAAUUUAUGGGAUGUACCAUUAAAUGAAAUAUGCACAAUGAAAAGCGCAAGUAAUCCUAAAGAUCCACCCACAGUUCAUGUAACUAAAAAAGUCGUAACGAUAGAAGAUCUUUUGCAGAAACAUAAAAACUUGUUCCAGAAUAAAUUGGGAUGCUGCACAAUUGAGAAGGCAAAAUUAUACCUACGACAGGAUGUAAAACCUGUUUUCCGUCCAAAGCGUCAAGUUCCAUAUGCAGCUAUUGACAAAGUCGACAAAGAAUUAGACCGACUAGAGAAACUCGGUGUUAUACAACCUGUUAAUUAUUCGGCAUGGGCAGCACCAAUUGUAGUAGUUCAGAAAGCGAGCGGAGCUAUUCGCCUUUGUGCAGAUUUUUCAACAGAAUUAAAUGAAACACUACUGGUCCUGUCUAGCUCUGAAAAUAAACGUCAGCUCGAACAAAAUCGUGGUCCACGUGAUUUUAGUCGAGAAAGCUAUGGUGACUCAUAUUCAGAAAAUAACUGGAGCAACACGAUGAACCCAAUUGUACCAAAUGUUACUCAAAAUAAUUGGGAGACAGAAAUUUAUAUUGAACUGGAUUAUAUAAUUUCUCAUGACAAUGUACUAGAUAUGGGUUCUUAUAAUAAUUCACAGAAUUUUGAUCAGAUUUCUUAUAAAAAUGAAGAAAAUAUGUCGGCUGUUUCAAAUGAUGGUCAAAAUCUAAUUUAAUUUUGUUAGACGUUGACUUUCUUAAUGACUCAUUAUCUACUAAUGAGAUUCAUAAUGAAUUUGAAAAUAAUGGCCUCAAAUCAAAAGUCGUUCAUUAUCGUCUAGUCAUUUUUAGUGGAUUCUCCAUUCAAUACGAGAAACAUGGUUUAAACAAAGUCCUAUUAUUUGUAAUUCGGAGACAUAAGGAUCCGACAUUAUUAUUUCGCGGAGGAGGAGAAUGUUGGAGAAUUUAAAGUUACACAUACUUUUUUUCAAAAAAAAGGGGGAGGUGUUAUAUCCUAGUGAAUAUUAAAUUACAGGUAAUUUCCAAGGACUAUUCAUGGACUAAUAUUCUAUAAAUAUUCCUAUUGUGUAACUACUCAACAAUUACAUUAUGUAUAUUUAUAUUCCUUUUAUGAUAAGCUUUAUUUUGACCUAUAAUUUAUUAUUGUACGAUUUACGCUUCUUAAGUUAUGUUCAGUUUAUUAACUAAUGCCUCCCACAUUCACAGCCACUUUUUGGCUUAUUUGUGUACAAAUAUUAUUUCCUAUUUUAUGGUACGUUGCGGUCUGUGUGGUUGAUAUAUAAACCAAGUAUGUCUGAAAUAAAUGAUCUGCUCUGAUUCGG